AUGCUUUGUCCAAUCAGGUGGUGUCAGAAGGUGUGCACUGUUCACCCCUCUUGCAUCACAUUGCCUGCUUUGGUUGAAGCUGAAAUUGAUGGACAGCCUUGUCUUACGAGCGGUAGUGUUGAGACUGCAGUUCUGUGGCCUUGGGAUCUACUGCAUUGGCUGUUUACUUCAGGAAAGCUUUUGCAAUGGAUUUCAGAUGAUCCAACCAGCGCAGGCGAGAAGGUCUCACAGUAUUGGCAACAUGCUAAGAACCAGGAAUGGUUCUCGGAUCACAACCUUCAAGAGGCGAGCUUCUCUACAUGCGUGCCGAUUUUUUGGCAUGCGGACGGUGUCAAAAUAUACAAAGCUCAGAAAGCCUGGGUCUACAGCUUUUGCUCUGCGACUACGAAAGGAGAAUCCACAAAGACAAGGCUUUUGUUCACCUUGGUGCGUGAAACCCACAUCAAAAAGUAUGACACACAUGACGCCAUGGCUCGACAUAUCGCGUAUGUGAUGCGUGUGCUUGGCCGUGGAGUCUUCCCGCUGGAAGGCCCUGAUGGGAAACCCUUUCCCCCAGGGAGCCGGGAAUACUUGAGAGCAGGCACCAAUUUCGCUAAUGGCUGGCAAUUCCUGUUUGCUGGGUUUCGAGGGGAUUGGGAAGCUAGAGUUAUUUGCCAUAAGUUUGAGCGAAACUAUGCUGCAAAGCAUAUUUGUGAGCGAUGUCCAGCUAGUCGGACAGGUUUAUACACCUUUGGAAACUUGUUGCCCGACGCGCCUUACAAAAGCGUGCAGUGGACUCAUGAAGAGUAUUUGAGCAGCUGCUCAAGGCACCGUGUUUCUCAAUGGGCGCAUGUGCCUGGUUGGCGCCGAGAGCGCAACCUUGAGGGGAGCUUUGAGACUUUGGGAACCGAGGAUUUACUACACGUCCUGCAUCAAGGAGUGGCGUGCGUUGCCAUUCCAUCUCUCAUUUCUGGUCACAUCGAGGCUAAGUGUCCGGGUUGCACACUUGCUGCUGUUGAUCGAGUUUUGGGCACAGAAGUGUGGAAUCAUUACCGUUCCUGGUGCCUGGCUCACAGGAAACCUGGAUGCAGCCACAGGUUCAACUCCACCAGGUUUGGCCGAGAGCACUGGAAUGGAUUUCCAGAGUUGCAAAGCGUUUACAAGGCAGCCGUUGUCAAAGACAUGAUUGCUUGGGCAUCGUCGUUUUUGUGCGAUGCCUUGGGCACAUGUGCUGGCUCUGACCUCCGGUGCUACACGAUGUACGCGCUCCACAGGUUUCAAUCCAACAUGGAUGAGAGCUCGGAAUUCUUUUGGCCUGAGAAAGCGUUGGAGACGGCAAACUUUGCCCGCAUCUUCUUAGUGUUUUAUCAACGACUGGCGCAGUUGAACCGGCUACAUGGAGGAGAAGAUCUCCGCAACUACAAAAUUACACCAAAGUUCCAUUCGAUGACGCACCUAGCUGACUACGUGCAGCAAACAAGGCGCAACCCCAGGUUCUUUGCCAUUCUACAGAAG